AUGACAGCUCACGAUCAGGCUUCUCCUGAGGAUUCACAUGUAUGCAGAGAAGAGAUGAAGACACGAGCCAGCAGUGACGGCUGCUGCAGUUUAAGAGUGAAGAAGCACAGAUGUGCCUGUAUAAUGAAUAACCACACUCAACUUCUCAAACUACUAAACAGGUCUUCCAGAGAGACAGGCAGUGGAGAGAAGCUGGAGCUCAACAUGACCAACAUCAGUGCAGAUGUGCUGGAGCUGCUACUGGAGUUCGUCUACACCGGAUCUCUGGUCAUCCACUCGGCCAAUGCCAAAACCCUGCUGGAGGCCGCAAACAAGUUCCAGUUCAACACCUUCUGUAAAGUCUGCGUGUCUUUCUUAGAAAAGCAGCUGACUGCAGCAAACUGCCUGGGGGUUCUGGCUAUGGCGGAGGCCAUGUGCUGCACGGAGCUACACAACAUGGCCAAAGCCUUCGCUCUGCAGAACUUCCCUGAUGUGGCAGGACAAGAUGAGAUCCUCAGCAUCUCCAAGGAAGACCUGAUCAACUAUCUGUCCAACGACAGCCUGAACACCAAGGCGGAGGAGCUGGUUUAUGAGACCGUCAUCAAGUGGAUCAAGAAGGACCCUGUCAACAGAGUACAGCACAUAUCAGAGUUGCUGGCCGUGGUCAGGCUUCCAUUUAUCCACCCCAGUUACCUGCUGAAUGUGGUGGACAAUGAGGAGUUGAUUAAAUCGUCUGAGGCUUGUCGAGACCUGGUGAACGAGGCCAAACGAUACCACAUGCUGCCUCAUGCGCGGCAGGAGAUGCAGACGCCCAGGACGAGGCCCAGACUCUCUGCAGGUGUAGCAGAGGUGAUCGUGUUGGUCGGAGGACGGCAGGCCAUCGGUAUGAACCAGCGCUGUCUGACCGCCGUCACAUGUUUCAAUCCACAAAACGGGAAAUGGUAUCCACUGGCCAGCGUCCCUUUCUACGACCGCGAGUUCUUCAGCGUCAUCUCCGCCGGGGACAAUAUUUAUCUGUCAGGUGGUACAGAGUCAGGGGUGACGGUGGCAGAUGUGUGGUGCUACAUGUCUCUUCUGGACAACUGGAACCUGGUGUCCCGGAUGACUGUCUCUCGCUGCAGGCACAACAGCUUGGUGUACGACGGCAAACUCUACACUAUUGGAGGACUCGGGGUGGCUGGAAACUUGGACCAUGUGGAAAGGUAUGACACCAUCACCAAUCAGUGGGAGACAGUGUCCCCGCUGCCCAAACCUGUCCACUCGGCCGCCGCCACUGUCUGCGGAGGGAAGAUCUAUGUGUUUGGCGGGGUGAAUGAGGCAGGACGCUCAGCCGGGGUCUUACAGUCAUAUGUCCCGCAGACCAACACCUGGAGCUUCAUCGAGUCUCCUAUGAUUGAUAACAAGUACGCUCCUGCUGUGAGCCUCAAUGGUUUUAUCUUCAUCCUGGGAGGAGCCUACGCCCGAGCCACCACUAUCUACGACCCAGACAAGGGCAACAUCAAAGCUGGCCCCAACAUGAAUCACUCCAGGCAGUUCUGCAGUGCGGCGAUCCUAGAUGGGAAGAUCUAUGCAACGGGAGGAAUCGUGAGCAGCGAGGGACCAGCGCUGGGCAACAUGGAGACCUUUGACCCUUCCACCAACACAUGGACGCUGCUGCAGAAUCUGCCGUGUCCGCUUUUCAGACACGGAUGUGUGGUUAUAAAGAAGUACAUUCAGAGCGGCUGACAACAAGCCAGGCUCUGGACUCUAAUAUCACAAACUGGCCUAAAUCAGCCCAUCGAACUCCAGCCGGGCAAUCUGGGUUGAACCGUCACGGUAAGGGAUCCGUAGCAUAGCUUCCGCUCAGGUGUCGUGCCAUUGGAACGGUAUUCUAGGUCAGCCAAAUGCAAUUUUCUUUUUUUAAUUCCCCUUUCAGUGUUUGAGUUGAUAUUCUUCUCCCACAUCAAGUUUCCGUCAAAUGUCAUUUUUCAUUGGUAGUCAUGUCGUGAGAUGAGAAAAUGGGAUUGUAUGUCGCGUAUAUAUAAAUAUCAGAUGCAUUGUGAUGGGACUUCAGCAAGAAUCUAAAGGACGUCAAUGCUAGUCAUGUAGCCCGCCAGUGAUACAGAGAAGGGAUCGAACGAAAGGCCCUCCUGAACUCCAAAGCACAAAAUACCAGAACCUGUGAUGCCCAGAGGAGUUUCAUUUCAUUUUGUUCUGUGUAAAUCAUUCGACCUUUUCUUUGUGGGUUUGUUUUUUGUAUCCUUGCAUUUUAUUCCAAUCCACGAGCCUGCAGCCGUGGCCGAAUACAGAUGGAGGGAAUGGAAGGAGACACUUUGUAUUAUAUGGAAGAUAUGUAUAUUUUAAAAAAGGCGAUACAAAUUGUGUAUAAAUGUUUUUAGAAAACUCAAUGGAUUGGACAGUGUCUGUAAAUCUGUACCCUACCGGAACAAUUUACGUUAUUAAUGCUGAAAUACAUAUCCAGAAUUCUAAAGAAAUCAUUGACUGUUUA